GUUGCGUUGUGUUAUAAGAAUAUCAAGAAAUGUGCAAGCAAAUAAAAUUACUCAUUAGAUAAAUGUGAAUUGCUGCAAUGAUAAUGGGGGAAAAGUGAAUAAAAAAUGCAAUAAUUGAAUGAUAUGUACAAUGUAAAAAACGUGAAUUAAAUUAAUGAUUUCAAUUGAAUUAAUUGAAGUCCAAAUCGGCUAUAGAGCAAACAAAAGCUUGAAUAAUUUGUGAUUUCUUUCUUCGUAAGCGUAUGUGUGUAUACAUGAGUAUGUAUGCAUGUGUUUGGGUGCGCGUUUGGAAUUGAAGUACUUGAAGAAAAUCUUUCCUAGCUGCCUACUUGCUGUUGGGAUACACUUUUGGGUGGCAGCAACGACGACGACGACGGCAACAACGACGAAGCUAAAGCGCUUGCAACUUAUUGUAACUGUUGUUGUUUUUGUUGCGCUUGGAUUCUCUGGAGUAGUAUAAGCAAAAAAUGUGUAUGUGCCAGAAAGUGAAACGAAAACGGGAACACGCCUUUUAAAGCCAGCCAGCGAAGCCAUCAGCCACCAACACGAGCCACAAGUCACCAGCUAGUAGCUAAGCCAGGCGUAGCAGGGCUGAACCGAUAACUGCCAAGUAUAUACUACGUUAUAACAAAAGCGAGGAAAAGGAAUUUCAAGCGCAGCCUUAAAUGGUUUGAAGCCUAUUUACUAACUUUCGCACUGCAACAUCAACAAUCAACACACGCACAUCAACUUAGUAGUUACUAGUCAUUAUGGGUAAGGACCAAGAAUUUCUGGACGCCGCGCGCAAUGGCAACAUCAGCUACAUCGAAAAGGUGCUCAAUCAACGCGCCAAACGCGCCGGUCCAUUGGCCAGCUUGCGUCGUGGACCCGGCGUCAAUAUACAAGACAGCGGCGGCUACUCAGCGCUGCAUCACGCCUGCCUGAAUGGCCACAGCGAUAUAGUGCGAUUGCUGCUGAACAAUGAAGCUUCGCCGAAUUUACCGGAUUCACGCGGCUCAUCGCCACUACAUUUAGCUGCUUGGGCAGGUCAUCAGGAAAUAGUGAAAAUGCUGCUGAGCCAUCCAUACAAGCCGGCGCAGCCAAAUUUGCAAACCAUCGAGAAUGAGACGCCAUUACACUGCGCCGCGCAGCACGGUCACACGGGCGCACUGGCGGUGUUGUUGGCACACAAUGCCGAUCCAAAUAUGCGCAAUUCACGCGGCGAAACGCCUCUCGACUUGGCAGCGCAAUAUGGUCGACUGCAGGCGGUACAGAUGCUGAUACGUGCGCACCCCGAACUCAUCGCGCACUACAGCGUAGCAGCGAUUGAGGGUGUGUCCAACAGUGGCGGUGGUGGUGGUGGUGGUGGUGUUGUGGGACAGCAACGUCCAAAGUCACGCCAUUCAUCGCCACUGCCACACUCUGGCUCAGUUUCGACGCCUUCGCCUUCAUCGCCAUCGAUCACCUCCUCGCCAGCGACGCCAACGCGAAACAUUUUCCCGCACACCUGCCUCCAUGUGGCCAGUCGAAAUGGGCAUAAGAACGUUGUUGAGGUGCUAUUGGCUGCUGGUGUUAGCGUUAAUCUGCUUACGCCAUCCGGCACGGCGCUGCACGAAGCGGCAUUGUGCGGCAAGGAGUCGGUGGUGCGUACGCUGCUUAGAGCAGGCAUAGAUUUGAAUGCAACCGAUGCGGAGGGACGCACCGCUUUGGAUAUACUAAAAGAAUUUCCACCGCAUGUGACCAAGCAUAUUAUUGCAGUCAUAAAUAACUUCCGCAAUCAAAUGGAUGUGGACGAUAAUGAUGAGGUGGUGGUAUUCCGUCAUCAGCACCCACCGCCGCCACCACAGCGUCAAAGCAGCAGUCUCAGUCACUAUCAGAAACAGCAACACAACAAUCACUAUCACUUCAAUUCGAACAAUCAUUUACUUAAUCACGCACAUUCACUGCAACAGUCUUCCACCUACACCGGCAAUAGUGGUGGUGGCGGCGGAAAUGGUGGCAGUGCUGGUGGUGGUAAUAGUAGUAGUAGUGGUGGUAAUAACAGUAAACAUCGCUAUGGCACAAAUUUCAAUGGUGGCAAAUCACUGGAUAGCGGUCUUCAGCCUGACCAUUAUGGCAUCGGCGGACGCGGCGGUGGCUACUACGAAGUGAACUCGCCAGUCCACAGCACCUCCAAUAACUCACAGAAUGAAAUGGGUGUGAGUCCAUCAUCGUCGAUGAGUAGUUUUGAGCCAGUUUCGGUGUCACCACGUUCACGAUCUUCAACGGGCGGCAUAGUGGCUUUAACCGCCAACAAUCCCAUGCAUAUGAGUACUUUUGCACCCGGCGCGCCACCCAAAAAACCACCGCGACGCAAUCUAUCCGUUUCACCUACCCACUCAGGGCAGCAAUUUAGUUACACCUCACCAAAUCAUCAGCAACACCAACAACAGCAAUCUGCGCGCAUGCGUCAGCAACAUCAUAGCCCAUCGACAGAGAUUCCUCAUAGCGGCAGACAUCAAAGUCAUGGCAGUGUGGGUGGCAUGAGUUUCGAUGAGACGACACAGUUGCGUGAUCGACAGAGAGGUGAUCGCUUAUAUGCGAGUAGCAGAGAGAGUGCACGCUCGGCGACGGGAGCACUGCUGACAUCGAGUUCAAAUGAUAUGUUGGAGCGCAUGAAUUAUAGCAGCGAAGAGCCUGCUGAUUCCGCAGAUGGCGUUGCUACCUCAAACUCAAUGAAGCGGCCAUUGAACAAGUCACGUGACGUAAGCACCGAUAUUAUAAAUUGCGAGAAUCCGACAUUGAAGUCGUAUAAUCCAAAUCGGAAGCUGAAGAGGAAUCGCAAUAGUUGUUCUCUUAGCAUCAGCGACACCAAGGAGAACAAGAAUGGUGUCAAACCGCAGACGCCGCUAAGCCCGACCAACUAUCAGCAACCGCCAACACCCGAUCAUCCACCACCCUCUUCCAGUCAUGCCGAACGCACCAUACAUGAGCGCAUACGCCCGCUCAGCAUGGAGUAUAAGCGACGCUCGGCGCUUAUGCAACUGCAACAACAACAACAACAACAGCAAAAACAUAGUAAAAGCAUGAUCGAUUCAAGCACCUCGCCCGCCAAAAAUUGGCAAACUGCGCUAAUACCCACACCCACUUUCGAUUACCCCGUUGGCAGCCUAUCGCCUAAACAAAGCGCCAAUGCCUCACCGACAACAACAAUGUCUAAUGCGCGACGCAGUGGCGCUGGCAUACGGGGUUCCUCGGGUUCGCUUAGCUCCAGCGUUUCACUUUCAGAUCAAAGCAUAUCCACCGAUUGUGUUGAGGAAUUUGUCGGCGAUGCACCCUUUGCGGGCCUUUUCAAGGGUUCGAGUGUUAAUUUACGACAUGAAAAGCGUACUAUGGGCAAUCAUAAGCUCGGUAUACCACCACCGUCUGCGCGUCGUGUAUCCGCCUCGGCUACGGAAGAUGAACAACAACAAAAGCAACAACGAACCCGACCACCUAUACCGACCAAACCCAUUUUACCUGAUUGUACCAAAAUGCUCAAACCUUUGCCGAUAGGCGCUAAAGAUAACAAAGUAUCAGCCGCUCAAGCGGGUUGUGAUGAGACAGAAAAGGUGGCGGAUAAUACUAGUCGCUUAAGUCAAAGCGUAAGUAUCUGCUUGGAGGGAGAGAAUGUAAACGGAAAUGACAAUGAUGGCGAUAAUGCUAAAAACGGCGCUAACAACAACGGUAAUGACAAUGACGAUAUCGAUGCCGCUCUAUCGACAAUUACUGCAGCCACCACCCAAAGCAGUGGUAUACUGAGUCCUUUUAAUGCUGAAGAGGCGCGUAAGAAGAUCUCAGAGAUUAUCGAAUCCUUCGGUAGCGGCAUAUUAAAUUCCACUUUGACACCAACAAAUGACAUCGAGCUGGAGUUCGAUGAAACUAUUGAGCCCAUGGAACGACGAGAGUUAGCAGUGCGGCUAAGGAAUGCCGGAUUGCUGCAUUUGGAACGCAUGCUCUUCGAAAAUGGCUAUGACAACUUCAAGUUUUUGAAUGGCGUUUUUGAGCCAAGCGACACCCAACUCAUGGAUCUGCCAACACCAGAUGCAAAUAAAUUGAUUUCAUUUGUACGAACACUGCCCAAAGUAGAGUUUCAACCACAAAUUAUUGCAACAAAUAACACAAGAGAUACUAAGGCCAUUAAGAAUGGCGAUGCAGGAGCAGAGAAAAAAGGUGUGGCAACGUUAAGUGAAUGGCUGCAAAGUAUAAGCCUGCCUGAAUACAUCGAAUCUUUCAGCAAACAUUUAUACAACACCAUCGAUAGUGUAUGCGGCGUUUGGGAUGUUGAGUUGCAGACUGUUUUGGAGAUCAAUAAGUUGGGGCAUCGGCGACGCAUACUACAAUCGGUAGCCUAUAUAAGGCAAAUACGUGAGCCAAAUAAAAGUGGUGAGACUGAUAACCACGAAAUAACGAAAUUAGAACCACCGGCGAAUGGCGAAUGUGGCAACAAAGAGCCACAACAACCGAAACCGGCACAGCAUGCGCAGCCACAGCAAAGAACAUCAAUUACGGGUUAUAGAAAAAAUCGGCCCGCUCCGCAACCGCCAACUGAAAAACCACAGCAACAACAGUUACAAAUACGUGCACCAUCCGAACUACUGCUGGGACUACCAGCAAAUUUACGCACAAAAUGGCGACAUUCGGCGAAUGUUUUACUCAACGAGCAAAUCAAAUACGAAGUUUAUUACCUGGGCUCAACGGUUGUGAAGGAGUUACGUGGCACCGAAUCGACACGUAAAUCGAUACAAAAACUCAAACGUGAUGACACUGCCGAACAGCAGAAAAAAAACAAUCGCUCUGGCAAUUUGUAUAAGAAAAAACCAGCGCAAGUUUGCUUAGCUAUAUCGCAUUUAGGCGUGGAGUUUAUUGAUGUCAAUAGUAAGCACACAAUUUGUGAACAUGAAAUCCAGAAUAUCAACUGCGCCUGUCAGGACUCUGAUGAUUUAAGACAUUUUGCUUACAUCACCAAGGAGCUGGAUAUACACUACUGCCAUGUUUUCAGUGUGGAGAGUACGGACUUGGCUACCGAUAUCAUACUGACGCUUGGCCAAGCCUUUGAGGUUGCCUACCAGCUGGCUUUACGUGAUGGCAUUACACAAACCUCGGCAGCAGCCUUGAGCGGCAACUCGCUACUAAGUGGACCCAGCAGCGGUGAAGCAGUGACAGCUGAAUAAAUGAAAAGGCCAAAACAGGCAUAAAAUAAAAAAAUAAUAACAACAAAAACAAAAGAUGUUAAAUUAUUUAGCUCAAACGAAAGUUGUGUGUAAAAAAAAAAUUAUAUAAACAAAAAAGCAACAGCACAAAUUAAAUCUUCAUAAUCGCUAUUUAGCAAAAUUCUGAAAUAUAGAAUUAAGUAAAACAAUGUUAUAGUGCAGAAAUUACAUAGUAUUUAUUACAAUGAAAAAGUGUUGUUCAAAACCAAAAAUAAAAAAGGAGCAUGCAAAGAAUUCUUAAUUCACAUUUUAAAGCUUUAAAUACUUAAGUGAAAGGCAUUUUAAUAAAUUUUAAUUUUAUUUAUUAAAGCUUUUAGCAAA